UUUAAUUUUUUUUUUCAAAGAAAUUGUCAAAGUUACAAUUGGUACUUCUACGAUAUUUAUUAAAACCAAAAAUAAAAUGUUUACACGUGUUGUAUUUUAAUAUUUGUAUAAAUUGUCCGUUUUGAUUCGUAAUUUUUUACAUCGUAUAAAAUAAAAUGGAUGUCCUUUCACGUCCAGCCGAGGAAUUCACCAAUGACGAGACAGUGGAGCACUUGUGGGCUGCUAGAGCAAUGGAACAUAGUGACAUUUAUUUUAAUGUUCUAUGUUCAGUGGACACAAGAUGGCUUCGAUUGACACCGCACGACGAUCUCAUACAUACACAUUUCAGACAAGACUUCCCCGAUCUAAAUGUCUCGUACAUCAAAGAGGACGAAAUAAAAAAUAAUAUGAACAAAGCAAAAUGGCGGGCGUUCUGUGAGAAAUUCAAAACCAUUGUGGAGGAUUACAGUUUUGGUACGCUAAUGAGAGCGGACACGAAGGGUGAUUACUCGGAACAAAAUACGAUAUUAGUGCCUCGAGUACAGUUCUACGCGAUAGAAAUAGCAAGAAACAAGGAAGGUCUGAAUAAUGAAGUGAAGAAGCGGUACAAAUGUGCCUCCAAAGCGAACAUGGCAGCUCAGGGACAUAAAGCUGAAGUAGUUGUAUAACAACAUAUUAUUAAAUGAUAAUAAUGCAUAAACCUGCCAGUAAUAUAAUCACUAAUAAUAAUUAGUCAGUAUAUAUAAAUUUAUAAAAAUUUGCUACAUCACCUACUCCAUAAUUUGUCAGUUCUUAAUCUGCAAUAACUAGAAAUAAAUAAAUUAAGAGACUCAAGGCUACAAGAUAGUCGGCAGUAAGCCUGUUCUCAUACUCUUAAAUGCAAGGAUAAGUUGAGAAAAAUAAUAAUGAUACAAUUAUACGAGGUUUGUCCGGAAAGUACGUAUAAAAGUUUUUUAAAAAUUUUAUUUUACAAUUAUUCAGGUAAAUCAAUUUUAUCCCCUUCAAAGUACUCCCCCUGUGACAUAAUGCACUUGUGCCAACGCCGUUUCCACUGUGAGAAGGCUCCUUGAAAGUCCUCUGGUUGUAGGUUUCUCAGCUGCCCCGUCGUAGCUUUUUUUAUCUCAUUUAUGUCCCCCAAAUGCCGCCCCCGAAGUACCAAUUUGGUUUUUGGGAACAAGAAGAAGUCACACGGGGCCAAAUCCGGCGAAUAGGGGGGUGUUCGGUCACCGUAAUGGAAUUUUUACUCAAAAACUCACGGACAACAAGAGAGGUGUGGGCAGGGGCAUUGUCGUGGUGAAGAAUCCAACGCCCCUCUCGCGCCAAUUCUGGACGAACUCGUGCCACACGAGCUUUGAGGCGUCUGAGCACAUCGACGUAGAAUUUUCCAUCAACUGUCUGGCCUGGAGGGACGAAUUCUUGAUGGACAAUCCCCCGAACAUCGAAAAAAACAAUCAACAUUGUCUCGGCCCUCUCUGAAUCUUUUUAGCCACUUGUGGACGGUUGGUUCCUUCACAGCAUCAUCCCCAUAAACUGUUCUGAGAUCGGCAAAAAUUUCACGGCCAUUCUUGCCGAGUUUCGAGAGAAACUUGAUUACGACGCGCUGCUCUUCAACGGAAGCGGGCUCCAUGCCGACGGGGUUUCGUUAAGAGGUAACUUCACAGAUGGCGUGACAAGUCAGUUCGCACCGCACGGCGGUCAGACCAGAACUGAAGCAUUGUUAGGGACAUAAGGAAGGGGUCCUGCGCUUACCUGGCCUCCCCACUCCUCUUUCUCGCAUUCCAGAACACUUUUAUACGAACUUUCCGGACAGACCUCGUAUACAUUGGUGUAGCUGAGGACUGAGAGUAAAGAUGAAAAUUCUUUGUCAGUUAGUAUUUCAAUGCUUUUAAUUUGGCACCAUGGAACGUUACUGUAGUCAGGAGCUUUAGUGAGGCCUGGAGCUCUUCCACACCACGGGACCUGCAAGUGUCAGCUAUAUCUCUGAAUAUAAAUUAGUUUUAUGAGCCAACUACAAUACAUUUGCUGAGAACGCUGUCAAUUGUUGAACAUGAGUGUAAAUGCAUCACAUGAGACAGUCUAACUACCAAAUAAACACGACGCAAGUGAGUGUAAUAAGAGAUUAGAAAAAGGUUUCUUUUUCUCACCAAAUAGUAUAUUCCUUUUUAAAAGGCCGGCAGCACACCUGUAAUGCCACUGGUGUUGUGGGUGAUCAUGGGCGGCGGUAGUCACCAUCAGGUGAGCCGUUUGCCCCCUAUAUAUAUAUAUAUAUAUUCAGCUAGCAAUCUCAGCAAAUGUGUAGUGCCCUUUAUCUAUUACAUUUUAUAUAACAACACAGCUAUGUAAUAUUAAGUGCAGUGUGCAGUGAAAUUUGCAGUUUUGCGACAUACUUAUCAUUGAUAGUUGAGAAGAAGACUCAUUAGAAUUGUUAAUCAGCCUGAUAGACUUAGCAAUAAUUAGAUUCAUGUAUACCAAUCUCAUAUAUCAAGAUAUUCAUUAGAGUAAGUUAAAUUCGAAAGUCUUAGUGGGUUAUUUUGCCGCUUUGGGCAGAAAUAUUUGCCGCCCUUAUAAUGAAUGAGCAUUCUAAGUGACUUCAUUUCCAGCUGACGUCCCCUGAAUCGGACCCCAGCAGGGCCUGAUCUAGGGAGUGACCAAUUACGACUUUCGUUAACUAUGGCCUAAAAAAUAAUCGAAUUUGGCUAUGGUUGUAAAGGUGCACUUACAUGGGUAAUUUAAUUCCGCUAAUUAUCAGUCCCCUUGGACAAGGUACAAAUGUAUACAUCGUACAAAUGAAUAAAUUGUACAAAAUAAAAAUACAAAAGAAAAAAUUGUACAGUCUCACAUGAGAAAGGACAAGACCAUGUCGUUAUCUUAUUCUAUUAUAUAAACUCGCUAGCGAUAAUGAUUCUAUCAAUAGACUCGUUUGUAUUUUGUCUACAGGGGGAUACAGUAGGAUAACGAAUGGUAAUAUUUUUAUUACCGCAGAGCGGGGCCGAUUCUGAGUCGCUAUUCUCUAAACCUGUCUUUAAAAUUUAUAUUUAAUAGUUUUGUAAAAGUAAUAUUUUAUGAUAUAAAUUUUAAACUUUCAACGCGAAAGUUUACGCAUAUUUUAAAUACAUACUCGGUCACUUCAGUCCUGUCGUGACCACGACGUGGUGCAAUCCACGUCGAAACGUCGGUAAUACAGAAGCACGUAUGUAGGUACUAUUUAUCUGCAAAGGGUUUUUUAUCGCGUUAUGUUAAAUAUGAUAUAAAUGUUGACUUAAAUAAUAAAAAACUAAAGUUUGAUUUUUAGAGAAUGGCAUCUCAGUAUCGACUCCGAAGUCUUGUGUACUGGUGGUUAUCUGCAUUCCUUAAAUACGGGUCUCGAGUGUAUAGUACCUUUUUCUUGGGCAUUCUGCGAAGGCUUACAGCCUUUACGUCUGUAAUUUUAACCUGUGAGACCAAGCCGUCACGUAGAUGGAGACUGCAGUCCUAGCAGAACCUCGCUCUGCGAAUGUGCCUAGAUGCUGGUCGAUAUGUCAGGAACAUUAUUAUCUCACGCGACUUAUGGGUUGCAAAGGUGGAGAAAUUUGUCGACCGUUUGCACGCACGCUCCCUUGACGUGUACCAUGCAGGUCGCGAUAUUUUAUAUUUAUUAUUCCCCAUAGAUGGCGCUUUGUAAUAGUGCAGGCUGGGCCCCCUGCGCCUAAAUAAACGACGCAAUGGCGGUAAGCCACCGCAGUAUUGCCCGGGUCUUUAAAACCACAAAAAAAUUUUUAACUCGAGGUCUGUACCUGCACCUCGUAGGGGGUAGUAGAUGAUCCAAUUGUCGGAUUAAGCAUAUACCGUUCUAAAAUGCCAUCAGCAGAGGGAAAAAUGUAGAACGCUUCACGAUUUUACGUAUCAAAUUUGCACAGAGAUCAUACUAGGUUGAUGGGUCAGGGGGUUGGAGGGUUGGCCUUUUAAAAGGCGUAAAUGUAUUCUAAUGAAAGUUCCACUUCUAAUUCUGGGGUGAGUAUCAAACAAUUGUGGCAUGCCUCCUCUCCCUAAAUACGCCUGUCUGUAUUGUUCCUAUUUUAGUGUACAUACUACCGGAGCAAUCACCGAUGCCUCGAUCUACUAAUCCAUUACAUCUGGCAAAGAAAGCCUUGGUUAAUGUUGGUUCGCCUUAAGCCUCGUUUAUAUGUUAAACAAGACUAUUCUAAAUAAUAAUGAGAACGCAUGAGGUGCUCAAUUACUCAUACAUUUUAUAUCAAUAAAUUUUUUUAAGUA